CCUACUCUACACCUCUUCACGGCUUGCUUGCAAAAAUGAAAUAUAGGGUUUCACACAAGUUCCCAGUGUUUCCUCACCGCACCCAUCCCUUUAAAAAUGCUCGUUACAUCACAUCCUUCACCAGAAGGUUUCUAAUUCGUCGACCUCGUGCUUCUAUCAAUGGCGGAAGCGGAAACUCCCAAGGGGAGUCUUUUCUUGUACCUGGCGCGACGGUUGCUACCAUACUUAUGCUUGGCGUUCUCCAUGGCCGUAGACUCUAUGUUGACAAGAAGACUGAAGAGAUGAAGGAGAAAGGAAUUGAAGUGGAAUUCCAGCCUGAUAUAAAGGCUACAUUUUUGAGAUUACUGCCUCUUCGUUCAAUUUCUAGAUGCUGGGGAUAUUUGACAAGCAUGGAAAUACCAGUUUGGCUGAGGCCCGUUAUCUAUAAAGCUUGGGCUCGGGCAUUUCAUUCAAAUUUAGAAGAAGCUGGUUUACCUCUAGACCAGUAUGCCACUUUAAGGGAUUUUUUUGUUCGCACUUUGAAAGAAGGUUCCAGGCCUAUUGAUGUUGAUCCGCAGUGUCUGGUUAGUCCUGUGGACGGUACAGUUUUAAGAUUUGGGGAGUUGAAGGGAGCAGGGGCAAUGAUUGAACAAGUUAAAGGGUUUUCAUAUUCAGUUUUUUCUCUUCUUGGUGCAAGCCCUUUCCUUCCAACAACAGCAGAUGGUGGUGAAAUGCAAGAGAAGCAUAAUGAAUCAAUAACAACUACUGAGAAAAGCAAGAAGUCAUGGUGGAGAGUUUCUUUGGCUUCACCAAAAGUUUGGGACCCAAAAUCAUCAUGCCCAAAGAGAGGACUUUUUUACUGUGUGGUUUACUUGAAGCCUGGAGAUUACCAUCGAAUACACUCCCCAGCUGAUUGGAACGUUCUUGUGCGCAGGCAUUUUUAUGGCCGUCUUUAUCCCCUGAAUGAACGUGCUACUAGAACAAUUAGAAAUCUCUACAUUGAGAACGAGAGGGUCGUUCUUGAAGGUCUGUGGCAGGAAGGAUUUAUGGCAGUUGCUGCAAUUGGUGCAACAAAUAUUGGGUCAAUUGAGCUUUUCAUUGAGCCUGAACUUCAUACAAACAGGCCAAUGAAGAAGUUUCUACAUUCAGGGCCUCCUGAAGAACGGGUUUAUGAAUGUGAAGGUGUAGGCAGAGUGCUCACCAAAGGGGAUGAGUUAGGUGCUUUCAACAUGGGAUCAACAGUUGUACUUGUUUUCCAAGCUCCGAUUUCAAAACUCAACGAGGGUGAUUCAUCUCAAGAGUUCAGGUUCUGUGUCCAACGUGGGGAUAGAAUUCGUGUUGGUGAGGCUCUAGGGAGGUGGCAUAGUUCGUGACAUGGUUAAUUUUGUCUGCAGCUCAUUAUUAUAUUUGUGAAUGUACGCUGCCUCAGACUGUUCGGAUUGAAACUUCAAAGCAUUUUGGGUAAUCUUAAGGAGAAUCAUUGAUACCUCUUACUGGACAUUGUGAUUAGUGAUUAAUUUAUGGAAGUAGUACAUGGUUAAUUUA